AUGUCGGUCGAAGUAGGUCAAGGUACGAAGACGAUGCGCCAUCCGUUAGAACCUCUAUCGCUUAGUGAAAUUCAACUUGCGAUAGACGUUUUGAAACAGCAAAGUGAUAAAGUGACGUCGACAACGCGAUUUGUAUCGGUGAGUUUGCAUGAAGCACCUAAGGAAAAAAUCCUUCAACCGUGCAAUGAAUAUGUUCCACGCGAAGCCGACGUGAUUCUUUUCGAUAACGGAACGAAUUCGUGUUACGAAGCUCGAGUUUCACUUGAAAAUCAAGGUCAGCUUAUUUCCAUUCAGCAUAUACCGAACGUUCAACCAACAAUGACUAUUGAUGAACAAGUCGAAUGUGAACAAGCCGUACUGAGUUGUGUAGAAUUUCAAAAGCUACUUCACGAACAUUAUGCAAUCGAUGAUAUUAGCCGAGUUAUGGUUGAUAUAUGGUCUGGUGGUUAUUAUGGACAAGAAGAAGAGCGUACACGUCGUUUAGCACGGCCAUUAUGUUUCCUACGAUCGGAUUCAACUGAUAAUGGAUACGCACAUCCUAUCGAAGGUUUGAGACCGGUGGUUGAUCUGAAUCUAAUGGAAGUCAUUCGCGUUGAAGUCUACAACAAAUUUCCCAUUCCUUCGAAAGGUUUCAAUUAUUCAUCAGAUCGGGUCACGGAAACUCGUGAUGAUAUUAAACCUUUGGAAAUUCUUCAGCCCGAAGGUCCAAGUUUUCAAGUCGAUGGCUAUCAAGUUUCCUGGCAAAAAUGGUCGUUCGUCAUCGGUUUUACUAUGCGUCAAGGUUUAAUUCUUCACCAUUUGACCUAUGAUCAUCGUUCGAUCUUAUAUCGAGCUGCAUUGAGUGAAAUGGUUGUACCUUACGGCGAUCCAGCUGAGCAGCAAGCACGAAAAAAUGCUUUCGAUUGUGGUGAAUAUGGCAUCGGGUGUUGUACAAACAGUCUUGAACUUGGUUGUGACUGUCUUGGCCACAUAAAGUAUUUCGAUGGAAACAUGUGUACAAGUCGAGGAGAAUUGCUAGUGAUUAAAAAUGCAGUUUGUCUUCAUGAAGAAGACGCAGGAAUAUUGUGGAAGCAUACCGAUCGACGACUAAACAAUCCGGAAGUACGACGAAGUCGAAGAUUAGUUAUUUCGAACAUCGCCACGAUCGAGAAUUAUGAAUACGGAUUCUAUUGGUAUUUAUAUCAAGAUGGUACUAUACAAUUUGAGGCGAAGUUAACCGGUGUUCUGUCAGUGGGUGCAUUACCACCGGAUGCCAAAUCUCCCUAUGGAACAUUAAUCGCUCCCCAAUUGUAUGCGCCGUAUCAUCAGCACUUUUUUAAUAUGCGUUUAGAUUUGGCCAUUGAUGGUAUCAAUAACACUGCCUAUAUGAUCGACGUGGAAGCCGACCCUGACGAUGCCGAUUAUAAUAAAUUUCACAAUGCAUUUCACCUGAAGAAAACUCGACUGGAAACAGAAAAACAAGCUCGAAAUAAUCUAUGUUUGGAGACAUGUCGUUCAUGGAAAUUUGAAAACGGGUUGGUUCGAAAUGCCAUUGGUGAACCGACUGGUUAUAAGCUCCAUCCUGGGGAAAAUUCUGUUCCGUUUGCUUCAUCGAAAGCUUGGUGGCGUCGACGUGCGAGUUUUGUUAAUUAUCAUGUAUGGAUUACACCAUUCAAUGAAAAGGAAAUGUUCGGCGGAGGAGAUUAUCCGAAUCAAAGUCAAGAGGACCACGGUUUAUUGAAAUAUACAGAACAAAACCGAUCGAUUGUUAAUCGAGAUAUUGUCCUUUGGUAUACAUUGGGUAUAACACAUAUUCCUCGACAAGAAGAUUUUCCUGUCAUGCCUGUUGCUACAGCAGGAUUUUCCCUCAAGCCCAACGGAUUCUUUGAUUUGAAUCCAGCAAAUGACAUUCCGAGAGCGAAGAAAAUAACCAAUGGACAUUGUUGCAAAGACUGA